GAGAGAGGAGAGCGAAAGUUCAGUGUGAGCCACAGAGAUGUGAGGAGAACAGAGAGAAGCUGCAGUCGGACUAUACCUUUCACAGAAGUUUGGAGAUAACCGAAGACACGGACAGAUUUGUUGUUUCUCUUGUUGAGCUCCUCCCGAUGCCCUUAUUUGUCCCAAUAAUGACGGUAAUGACUGACGUGAAAUAUUAGGUUGUUUUUUUAAGUGAUUGUGCACGCGCGCUUUUCAUAUUAACAUACGAACUUGGACAUUAAGCAUCCUUUUUGUAUGAUAUGAAGACUUUGAAAGAGGAUUUUUCAGAGAAGUUUAAUUCAGAGGAAUAUCUAUUUUUCAGCGUUUUAUUUGGAUGACGUGAAAUAUUCAUUGAAGCAUAUUAAUAUAAGCAGUGUAUAUGGAGCUACAUAAUCACCCAUAAAAAAAGAAGAAAGAAUCUUCUUUUGGAACUGUAUAUGCCAGGAAAGUUUUUCUUGACUUAUUUCAUUAAAAAAAAAGGUGACUGAAAAUCCAGCAUGGGAGGCUCACCUUUAAAAAUUGUGAUUUCUCUGUGGUGUCAGCUGGUUAUUGCUGCCUACAGUUUAGAGAUUGGCUCUUAUGACCCGGAGAGAGGAAGACCAGCUAAAUGUGAGCCUAUCGUCAUCCCUAUGUGCCAGGGCAUCGGGUACAACCUCACCCGGAUGCCCAACUUUAUGGGCCACGAAAAUCAGAGGGAAGCUGCGAUUAAACUGAAUGAAUUCGCCCCUCUGGUGGAAUAUGGCUGUGAUGUGCAUUUGAGAUUUUUCCUCUGCUCUCUUUAUGCCCCUAUGUGUACUGACCAAGUGUCCACAUCCAUCCCCGCCUGCCGUCCGAUGUGCGAACAGGCGCGUCAGAAGUGCUCGCCCAUCAUGGAGAAGUUUAAUUAUGCUUGGCCUGAUUCUUUGAACUGCUCUAAACUGCCCACCAGAAAUGACCCCAACGCUCUGUGCAUGGAAGCCCCGGAAAAUGACACCAAAACUGAGACUAAGAAAGGAGAGGGCAUGUUGCCUGUGCCGUCCAGACCCAGGCAGCCUGGCACUGGGAACGGACGCUCAGGGGGCAGCAUGGGAGUUUGUGAGAACCCGGAAAAGUUCCAGUACGUGGAAAAGAGCGAGACGUGCGCUCCACGAUGCUCGUCCGCUGUGGACAUGUUCUGGUCCAGACAGGAUAAGGACUUUGCUUUUAUUUGGAUGGCGGUUUGGUCUACUCUGUGCUUCAUAUCCACAGCUUUCACAGUCCUAACCUUCCUCCUUGACCCACAUCGCUUCCAGUACCCAGAGCGGCCCAUCAUCUUCCUCUCCAUGUGCUACAACGUUUACUCAGUCGCCUUUAUCAUUCGAUCUGUCGCCGGGGCGGAGAACAUCGCGUGUGACCGUGAGAAUGGCGAGUUGUACAUCAUCCAAGAAGGCCUGGAGAGUACGGGUUGCACCAUAGUCUUCCUCAUCCUCUACUAUUUUGGCAUGGCAAGCUCCAUCUGGUGGGUCAUCCUCACUCUCACUUGGUUCCUGGCGGCUGGUAAGAAAUGGGGUCACGAGGCUAUUGAGUCGCACAGCAGCUACUUUCACAUGGCUGCUUGGGGCAUACCUGCCCUGAAGACCAUAGUCAUCCUCACCAUGCGGAAAGUGGCGGGCGACGAGCUCACCGGACUGUGCUAUGUGGGCAGCAUGGAUGUGGGGGCGCUAACAGGCUUCGUCCUCGUGCCUCUGUCCUGUUAUCUCAUCAUUGGGACGUCUUUCAUCCUGACCGGCUUCGUGGCGCUUUUCCACAUCCGGAAGGUGAUGAAGACCGAAGGCACCAACACGGAAAAGCUGGAAAAGCUGAUGGUGAAAAUCGGCAUCUACUCCAUCCUGUACACGGUUCCUGCCACCUGCGUCAUCAUUUGCUACUUCUAUGAGCGGCUCAACAUGGACUACUGGAAAUUCCGAGGGCUCCAAAGCAAGUGCACCACAUUCCCAGGUCGGAGGAACGAGGACUGCUCUCUGGAGUCUUCGGUGCCCACCGUGGCCGUGUUCAUGCUGAAGAUCUUCAUGUCGCUGGUGGUGGGCAUCACCAGUGGCGUCUGGGUCUGGAGCUCCAAGACGCUGCAGACUUGGCAGGGUCUGUGUAGCAGAAAGUUUACAGACAGGACUUGCAGGAAGCAGUGCAGCGGGAGCUGUAGCACUAGUCACUGCCACUACAAAGCACCUGCCGUCAUACUGCACAUGUCCAAGACUGAUCCCUACUCGGACUGUCCCACGCAUGUAUGAGCACAGCGCUGAGACUCUGAUGUCCUGUACUGUGGACUUUGUGAGAAUAAGACAUGCAGUGCAGUGAAGCUUUACAGCGAACUAAACAAACUUAAAACCCAACAUUGCAGCUAAACAAUGGAUUAACAGUACUUUCUUAAAGGGAGAAUUUGUAUUAUUGCUUGCUGUAGCAAUAAAUAAGACAGAUAUGCACAUCCUAAUCAGUUCUAAAUAUCUGCAAUUGCUCUUGCAUGGAGAAGUGCACAGUGUUCCCGUUUGAAAGCUGUUCGAUGACUUGUUAAUAUGUUUAAUUUACUUGUUCAAAUGUUUCAGGACACAUUAUUUAUUGUAUAUAUAAAUAUAUUUAAUUUUUCUUGGUCUUGGUUUCUCACAAGAUGGCAUUGAUCGUUUGUUUUAAAGUGCCUUUUUGAAGAAGAUAAUAAAAUGUUAUAUAUUUUCAA